GACAUUCGAAGAUGUGGCUGUGACCUUCACCCUAGAGCAGUUAAGCUACCUUACUGCUUCUCAGAGGAAGCUCUAUGGGGAGGUGAUGCUGGAGAAUUACCAGAACCUGGCUUCCCUAGAGUAUCAGUUCCCUAAACCUGGCAUUAUCUCAUACCUGGAAGAAGAGGUGUCAAGAGCAAUAGAAGAGGACAGCAAUACGUGAUGUGUCAAAGAAACUCUUCCGAUCCAUCAGAAUUACACCAGGGCAACGAGAAGAAACACAUUUUCAAUCCUGUAACAGCGAGUGACGUCAAGACCCUUGAAGAAAGAAGCCAUAGUAAUGAUGAAUUUUCGAGACACUCUAAUCUUACUCAGCAGUCAGAGGAUCUUCCUGGAGAGGAUCCCCAGGAAUGCAGUGUUACUGGCAUGGGCACCAGACCCCAGCCAGUACAACUCUUCAGGUGUAAAAUUUGUGAAAGAGCCUUUAGUACUAACAUUGGCCUUGUGAGACAUGAGCCGAUCCAUACUGGAAAGAAACCCUUUGAAUGUAAGCAAUGUGGUGAAGCCUUCUUCCUCAUGCCACACCUCACCAGGCAUCAGAAGUCUCAUGCUAGUGACAAGCCCUCUCUCUGCAGUAAAGGCGCAAAGUCUCUCAUCCAGCGUGCAGAUCUCUCUCAUCAGGUAAGAACUCAUAGUCAGGAGGACUACUAUGAACGUGUUCAGCAUGGCAAAGCUUUUAUCCAAGAAGUACGUCUUUCUCAACAUCUUAAGGGCCACAAUACAGCAAAGGCCCUUUCCCCUGUGUUGCCCCACAACAAGACAUACUUAAUUCGUUACCAGCGGGAACAUGACUAUGUCAGACAGACAGCCCACCAGUGUUGUGACUGUGGCAAAACCUUCGGUCAUAGUUCACAUCUCGUUCAGCACUACUGAAUCAAUGCUCAGGAGAGGCCUUACCAGUGUCAGCUCUGUGGCAAGUGUUUCGGCUGACCCUCAUACCUCACUUGACAUUAUUAGCUCCAUUUUCAAGAGAAAACAGUUGCCAUCACUGUUUAA